AUGGCCACGAACCAUUCGAUUCAGAGGCUCAAGACGAACAGCUUCCGGGUGUCGGGGCCAAAGCCAUCUAACAGCACCACUCACGAAAUCAUUCUGAUAUCUCCACGCAUGGUGGAAUUGGUCCUGGAGACUUGGGUUCAUAAAACAGUCAAGCAGAUUAGGGCAGAGCCCCCACGCGAUGUCGAACUGGUGUUGAAACUUUUCUCCUUCAGUGUUUCCGAUGUUUUAGAGAAAGGCCGGGAGGCGCUCGAUAAGCAAAUCGAGAGAUGCGUGCUGAAGCUCAACAAGGCACGUAAAAACGCCGACAAGCAACCGUCCAUAAUCUUCAUUGCUCACAGUCUCGGUGUUUGGGUAUUGAGGGGUGCACUGGCUAGGACCAUCGUCCAAGGUGUCGACGUCCAACCCCUCAGCAUCGUACUCUUGGAUGCGACCUUGGUUGACGGACAGUAUUUGAAGUACCUCCAACAGCUUGGCGAGAGGAUGGUCGCAAAUAGUUCGAACGCACUUCACGAACAAUUAAGAAAGCGCUUGGAAGAGAUCGACUUGCACUAUGAGUCGCUGAAAGACAGUAUGCAUAUCUCCGGCGUGCAAGAUGGCAGCGAUGUCAGGUUUCCUUGGGCUCCCAGAUACGACACUCAAACUGUCCGCCUUGAAAUCUGGUUGAGCGACAACCCAACUCUGUCGAACGUGAAUCCACGUCGCGACCGAGAGUCACUUCUUAAUGUCGUUCGGAUGGCCACUAGCAGGUACCGAGAUAGCCGCCAGGCAGCGGCCCAGUCCCUUGAUAAAUUUGGGCUGAAAGACAUCCUCCAGUCUAUGAUCAGUCCACAAAAGACCAGUCAACCUAUCUCAGCAUUGAAAGCUCCCAAUAUGGCCAGUAUCGCCGAAGAACCUGAACCAAGGCCGUUUUAUCCCGGCUUGACUAUGGUCGCUAGGCCACCCUCGCUAGCGAUGAGCAAUUUCGGCUAUGUGAACGAGCACGGAGUCUUGUCCAAGAUGUCCUUGGCAGAUUUCCCGGAGACUGGGAUCACACCUGAGCAAGUGAAGAAAACCAAAGACCUUGCUCUUGCUUUCCUCGAGCAUGGGGAUCUUGAGGAUGCUCAAGUACUGCUAGAAAGAAGCCUCGAACUCAUGGAAACGAUGGAAACGGCUCUUGGCACAGGUUAUUCGACCGAAGUCACCCACGUCAAGACUCACAUGGCUGUGAUACUUCUUUACCAAGGGGAAUAUCAAAGAGCCCGGAAGUCACUCGAGGACUUACGAGAUGAGUCGGUCCAGAAACCCCACGAGGCUAAGGUCGUACAUGAGCUGCAGCGAUGGGUCGCCAUCGCCAUGAUCUACGCCGGCGAUUACCGCACAGCAGCAAGUGAGCUUGAAAAGCUAGCCAAGGAGAAUUUGGACCAAGACAUUUUGAAGAUACAGAUUCUGCGCGACCUCGCAUUGGCAAACGGGCUGAAGGGCGAUCACAGGGCCGCCAACUCAUAUCUCCUCCAGGCUGGUAGUUGGCUCCGUCAUGCACAGAAGCUACAGAACAUAGGGGAAGAGACAGAACGAAAGCUCCAGAAGAAACAGUGGGGCCUCCUAUAUACCCAGGCACAUCUUUACACCCUGAGGGGUGAAUAUAGGUCUGGGCUAGUCAGGCUCCAGUCUGCCCUGAAGCAAUUUCAAGGGCGGUUUGGUAAUGCGCAUGUCGAGACCCUGAAGGCCGCCAAUCUACGGAUCCAGCUCCUCGCGUACACUGGCGACUACGAGGAAGCCGAGCUUCAGUGUAGAAAGAUGGUGCAGACCAUGGAUAAAGAACUGGGUCGGAUGCAUCCUCUUAGGCUGGAAACGAUUGGAGUGUUGGUAUACAUCCUGCACUGCCAAUCCAGAUUCACAGAGGCUCUCGUUCUGGCAAAGUCUCUGUGCGAGAUGACGGCCUCGGUGGUCUCCGACUCCCAUCCCCAAACACUCCGGGCAAGGAGUCAGCUUGCCAGAGCACACUUAGCCUUAGGGAACUACCACACAGCUGAAGCGGAAAUCCGAAAGACUACCUCGGAUGCCGUGAAGAGGCUGGGUAUUGACAAUCCCGAAACCUUGCGCUAUCGAUCGGAGCAUGCGCAGGCCCUGCGUCAUUAUGGAAACCUCGAAGACGCGUUGAAGAUAGCUUUACACACGUUGUUUCGGCAACGAGUUGUGUACGCCAAUCUCCCUCUACGAGCCGAAAUGCAAAACAACAGAGACUCCCAAGCACAUACGGCCGCUCUGGCAGAAAUGAUUGAGGAGAUACAUGUACACCAAGGCUCACCUGUGUCCUUCGAGAUACACCCCGAUCUUCUGUUCACCAUGCAGGUUGUUGCUUCCAUUGUAGCAAAUAACCCGCAACCGCAGCUAAAAGACCCAGAGAGGAUUUUUGAAGCAGUGGUGGCCUGCCGAAGGAGCAAGCUGGGCUCGUCUCAUACACUGACUCUGUUCGCCGAGCAGGAACUUGGCUCUUUCAUCAGAGAAAAUGACGAUGAGGGUCAUCGAUUGCCCUAUGUCAAUAAUAUCCUCUAUCAUGUAUGGAGCGAGCGCUAUCAUACUUUCGGCCCAUCGCACCCGGAAACGCUCUCUGCAGAGCGAGAGGUGGUCAUUACAGACUGCAUUCGGGGUGCAUGGGAAGAAGGCGGCCCGGCAAAGAGAAGUAGCUUGGCUUCUUCUAAGUAUGAAACGGGAGUCCUGAAAAGAGCCCCAGACAACAGUUUUGAUAAGUCUCUGGAGCAAAAGGACCAACAUGGUGGCAACAUCUUCGUGAACUUGUCUGCAUCAACAUGGAUGGAUAUCGAGAACGUCUCGCGAUGUAUUGUCGAGCUCCAAGAGCCACAGCUGGGCCCCAACCACCCAGAGGUACUCAAGUCAUUGCUCUGGCUGUUCUGUGUCCAGCUGUUUAUGCAAAAGCCUUCUGAAACAGAUGCAAACGCCGCCUGGAGUCGACUUAAAUCACGCCUCAAAGAUCCAUCUAUCUACCGAGAACGACUGAUCGAUGUCCUCAGACUUGAGGAGAGGGUAGCAGGCAUCUUCCAAUACCACCAGUACUAUGAUCAGAGCAGAGAAAUUCUGGAUCAUGUUCUUGAUACAAUACAAGCAGAGGCGAUGCGUGUUCCUCAAGAUUUGCAAGACGCUCUGGACAGCUUGAAACUGGACGUGGCCCAGAAGAAACUGGAGCUGGUAGUCCAACGCAAAUAG